CAGUUGCAAUAUCCUCUUGGCAGGACGUCUUUGUAGUGGGGAGCAGUCUGCCCAACCCCAUCCCACAGUGCCAGGACUUGAGGAGAGAAGCGCUCACACGCACUGUACUCACGGCGCCUGCUCUGGUCCGCUCUUUCGACAGUGCGCAGCCUAUAAUUCAGUACAGACAAGAGACACCCUCGACCAGUUCCCGGACUCUACCCUAGGCUACUGCUGAGGCCGUUCUAACAGGACAUACCUCGAAGAGCGGAACAUGGGACCAACGAAUCCAAUUUAUUGCAAAGGAAAAGGUUGACAUCACACGUGAGUCAUUUGGAGAGGCAGAGGUGUAUAAACAAACGGAGCAGAUAAAGAUGAACAUUACCAUGCCCUGUCUCCAUCGCCACCACCACAUUCGUUUAGCUUCUUUUUCAUUUUCUGCACAGACGCAGAAUAGGUGGAAUUAUUGAUUAAAAGGGAAGAGGAUUCCAAUGUGGACGGGAUAGGAGAGGAGACACUCGUGACAAUGAUGGUCGCAUCAAUUUAGGAGCGGCCCUUCAGAAGAUAGCCGUUUAUAUGUGAAGGACAGAAAUGAAGUCGUCUCCAGGAUAGCGCUGUGAGCGAGUGCAUCCGAUCGGAGUUUGCUGGCGAUCUGUGGGACUGCUGCUCCCCGUAUUUGCGGCCAUGCUGCGGGAAGCAUCCUCCGAGCUCUUCACCGACUUGAGGGGCUUUUACCAGCCGAUUGUUAUAACAGUGAAUUCGUUAAAAUGAUUUCGUUGUCUAGAAGACGGCUAUUCCCGAGGCUUUUUUGCAAUAUUUGUUUCAUCGUUUGCUAAAGAACUCUGCGCAGAGAGAGCUGAUCAUAUUUCACAUAGCUCUGACAUUUGUAUACUAACAAAAUUCUGUGGAAAACAUGUAAUUAUUUAUAGACUAUGUUCCGUGAAUUGCGGAACAAAAGUUUUGGGUUGUGUCCCGGGUUGGGUAGUGUAGACCUAUGGGGUUAAGUGUUUCUCUGUUUGUGUUUAAAGUCGGCACGCAUAGCAGUCAAUUCGCUCAAGCUUAUUAUGUGAGUUAGGCAUUGUAUUAAAAUCUGAAUGAAUGUGUUGGAUGUUGUUUCCCCUACUGGUAUUGCACUCUAACAGCUGGACAGUGUACUAUUCACGAGGGGACAGGCGUGUUGUCCAGAGAGUCAGGUGGAGAACGAACCCAGAGGUCCUAUCCACUUUAAGCCCUUUAUGGGGGGGGGGUUAAUGUUUAGUGCAAAAACAAAUAUUUUUAUGCAAGUCAGCCUUGCAUGACUGCCUUGGGGAGCAAGUAAUUUCUUACAGCAGAUUCUAACAUCUGAACAUGGGCACCAAACAGACCAAAGGUGCUGGGUGCCAAGAGGCUGGGCCCAGCCCACAGCACGGGUGGAAACGGACCCCUACCAAGGAGAGGGGUGACAUCUUCACCUCCUUCAUGUUGAGGUCAGGGGACCGGCUGAGUCGUGGAGGGUCCCCUCCGCCCUACCAGCGCCGGAUAAGCAUGAUCCAGGAGAUGAUGCUGAUGGCCAAGCAAGGAAAACAGGACAAGGCCACAGAGAUGCUGCAGACACUCCGGCAGGACUUGGGGAUGGAGUCCACAUCUCUGGAUGAUGUGCUGUACCGUUACGCCAGCUUCAGGAACCUGGUGGACCCCAUCACCCACGACCUCGUCAUCAGCCUGGCCAGAUACAUCCAGUGCCCCCCCAAGACCGGCCCGGGGGAGGAUUCUCUGGGUGCCAUGGAGAAGGUGUGUCGCCAGCUGACCUAUCACCUGAGCCCACACUCACAGUGGAGACGGCAGGGCAUACUGAAGAGGAAGCCGCUGGCAUGUCUCAAGGUCAUGCUGUCGACCCCUCCCCCUAACGGGACGCUGGACCUUUCGGGCAUCCCCCUGACGGUGCGUGACAUGGAGCGCCUUUGUGCCUACCUGCAGCGCCACGCGCCCAUCAUCUGCAGCCUGGAGCUGGGCUUCACCGAGCUCACCGACGACGCCUUCCUCCUCCUCCUGCCCACGCUGGCCGCCCUGCCCCGCCUGGAGACCCUGGCCCUCAAUGGCAACCGGCUGACCCGUGCCGUCCUCAAGGAGCUGACGGACAGCCUGAAGGACCCGGCCAGCUUCCCCAGUGUCACGUGGAUCGACCUGGGCAACAACGUGGACAUCUUCUCCCUGCCCCAGCCCUUCCUGGUGAGUCUGAGGAAGCGCUGCCCCAAGCAGGGCAACCUGCCCACCAUCCUGGAGUUUGGUGAGAGCCAGGCCAGCGAGCCCGAGGGGAGGGUGGGGGAUGAUGACGAUGACAGGGAUGACACCAACAGGACAGUGAGCAUGGAUGAACUGAGGUCGGAGGUGGAGGGAGAGACGGAGAUUGAGGAGAUGAUGGAAGAGUUGUUGGACUUUGACCUGGAGGUGCAGGGGAAGGAGAACGAGAUAGAGGACAGCAUGUGGACAAUGGAGGAGCAGAGGAGGGAGGGAAAGAGGAAGGAGGAGACACGGGGACAGGGAAUUAGGAAGAUGGUGGAGAGGGCGGAGCUCGAGGAGGAAGACACACAGAGUGAGUCCUCCCACUUGUCGUGCUCCAGCCAAUCGCAGCAUUCCUCAGGAGCGGUUGAGCUGAUGAAGGAGGAUGGAGAGGAGGGGACUGAUCACUUAGACCACCUAACCUGAGCAAGAACCCCGGUCCACUCUGCUUGUAACUUCCCCUCCCACGUUUUGUCUAGAAGGAGAAGAGAGCAGUACCAGCAAACAGUGAACGUUGCUAUAACGUUAGAUAAUGUCAUUGGAACGCAUUGGUAACCGGAACUUGUUUUCUGGGUUGGACAUCUGGGGGAGGGACUCUGUCAUCUCAACCUACUGGAAUGGAUCCGGAAUAACCAACUUAUCUGGGUGGACUGUUCAUCCACGGAUGUACAGUUUAGGGAGAUGACAAUCUGAAAGAGGAGGAGGUUUGUGAUAACUCUUAUUGUUGUUUCAUUAUGAAUUAGGAUUACAAUCCUCUGUAGUAAAGAGUAAUAGACAUAUUAUAUAUCAAAUGUAGAAAAUAUUGACCUUUUCGAAUGUACAUGUGAGUAUGUCAACGCUGGCACUUAUGAGAUGUUUCAUUCAGGUUUUACUCCCUGCUCAUCCUGUCCUAUAGAUGGAUGAAUGCCUAUGUGCCUGUCACUUGUUCCCCUCUUGGUGGAGAGACGGUGUAUGUCAGAGAGAGAGACAGACAGACGACUGAUGGAUGGACAGACAGACAGACGGGUAGGUAGAAAGGCAGAAGAAGAGUGGUAGACACGGACUGCUUUGGUGUGUGAACAAGAUUGCAUCUUUCUCUCUGAUACUACAGUAUGUCUGUCUGUGUAUCUCUCUGACCAGCGCUCUCUUCACCAAUCCUAACUACCCAUUUUUUAUUUUUUUAUUUUUAUGCAUGCUCCAGUGUGUUGAUUUUUUGAAUAUGAAAGGAAAAGAUGCUGACUAUAAGGCUCAUGAUUGUAAAGCAUGUGAGGGGGGAGUUUGUUGCUGUGUGGAAAAGCAGUGUUUUGGCUAAGGAAUAUGGCUUAAGCACUAUGUCGACAGGAGAUAUGAUGACCGGAGCUACAGUGACAGGAGAUAUGGUGACAGGAGCUACGGUAACAGGAGAUAUGAUGACCGGAGCUACAGUGACAGGAGAUAUGGUGACAGGAGCUACGGUAACAGGAGCUACAGUGACAGGAGCUACGGUGACAGGAUAUAUGGUGACAGGAGCUACUGUAACAGGAGAUAUGGUGACAGGAGCUACGGUAACAGGAGCUACGGUGACAGGAUAUAUGG